AUGUCCGAAAACAGCGACCCGACUGUCACGUCCAUUGGCACUUGGAAAGUCGUGCUCGCGGUAAUGAUCCCACUCUUCGUACUGGCGGUCGUUGCAGCACUGUACUUCUGGCACCGGCACCGCUGCCACCAGAUCAAGAGGAAGUCAGAGAUCGAGCGCGUGGGUACGAUGCUGGACGAGCUGCAGGCGCGGUCCACCAAUAUAGAAGCUAUGUCUUACACAUUCGAGGCCGGCGUGGAACGCGUCAAGAAGAUGGAAACAGAGAUGAGAGUCCGGGAGAACAACUGGAAGCAAGUAUACACUAGAAAUAACGGCACUGAGGUUACCAGCUACUCGUUGCCGCCUCCAGGGCCCUGGGUUGCCAGCCCUCAGUCAAUACCACUCACGCCGACUCCACAUUCGGGCUUUCACGGCAAGGCACCUGCAGGUCCUCGUCCUUUGUCUGGCAACACCUUGCAAGGCGGCUUGCCUCGCUCUGCGCCUGGACUUGAAUAUCUGUCGCGAACACGUUCUGGCUCGGAGUCAGAGGUUGCGCGCUACACAACCCGUCAUCCUCCUUCCACGAUCGCGGAAGAAUCGAGCGCGGGCGGCGGUUCUCCAUUCGACACGCCCGGCAGAAACCACAGCCCGCUCCUUCAGCGAUCCGACGGUAGCUACGUGAUGCUGAAUGCUGUCCAUCCACCGAACGCCGAAGAUGAUGCCACAUAUCCUACGGCUGCGGAGCUGUCGCCGCUACGAAACAAUCCUUCCCACCCUGACCUGGUACCUCAGCCUCUGCAAGUUAUCAAGCGGAACUCAACGGUUAGGGAGCAAUCCACUGGAAAUCUGACUCGAGCCCUGUUAAGGCGCUCAGUCAGCGAUGCAACGCCCGGCAGCGGCUACAUUCGCGCUGGGCUGAACGGCCAGAUCUUCACUUCCUACGGGCGGGGCCAACAUCGCGACGCCGGACCAUCGCCCAUUCCUGAGGCAUCAGCUACGGCUAUCUCACCGUCGAAGCCCCAGCCUGAAAAUCCAUUCACCACACCCCGCGCGAGCACUCUCGCCGCAACGUCUGAACCAGGCUCCGGGACACCGGCAACGAGUCCGCCCCAAAGCACCCUCAAUUCUCCUCGUCGCUUGAGACGCCCAACCAUCCCAUUCUGGCAACAGGAUAUGGAGUGGCGAAUUGUGUUGCAGACCACUGCUGAGUGUUGCCUUUCUUCAUCGCACCAGAGUCUUGAUGGAGCGACUGGACCCCGCAGCGGGCCCAACGAUGCUGUCUCUGUAGACUUGGGAAAGCCUUCGUGUCCAGAGAGCAACAGCACUAGUGACACUAAGUCAACAGAUAGAGAGGAGGUCUUGAAGAAUAAACACAGAAGUCUCCCGGUCCGGGCUCGUCCUCUUCCGCCCAGUCCAACAAAAAGAAGAGCUCUUUCCAAGAUCCCUCGUCUGGCAUCACCUUGCAAGUCAACUUCCGGCAAGAACAAGACGUCCCAGCAUCAUCAACUCUCUAUCAGGAGGGAUGCAAAUCACAAUUCACCCACGCAUUGCAGUUACGAGCAUACACAAUCGGACACCCGGUACAAAGUGCCUACAAUGCUAUGCUCAAGUCCCGCCAAGAAGUUCUCCGAGAGCUAUCCAAGCAGCCAGUGCCUGCCUGGUAUUAAGAGCCCUGUCAAGUUUCAGACUGUGGAUGCCGAAGAAGAUGAGAAGAAGCAGAACAGGGUGACUUCUUCAGAUGACAUACUCGGACGUGCAGCAAUUUUGAAGGAAAUGAGCGAAGCACUGAGACAGUUGGAUGAAGCGGAUGAGCCCCGUUGA